AGAAAGAUCUCUUUUGUUAGUUAUGAAAUCACUCCAAUUGAAUUCUUUAUCAUGAAGAAGGAGUGGGGCAAUGUUGUGUUGUGUUGUGUUAGUGAGUGAACCUAAAUUGCCAGCCCAGCCGACCGCGGCAGUCCCGUGAGAAGGACAAAAGGGAAAUUAGGAGAGGAAAAGUGAAAUAAAAGAACCUCUCUUGUUCUACGUACCCUUUCUCUCUUUCUCUCUACCUGAUUCUUUCUCUCUCUCUCUCUCUCUCUCUCUCUCUCUCUCUCAAUAACAGCAGUCUACUCUCUGGUCUCCCCAUUUUCUUCUGGGGACCCCCUUACCCUAAAAAGAACAAGCUCUAGCGAUGACUUUAAUACACAUUGUAGCAUGCUAAGGAUUUCUCUGUAAUUAGAUAUAUUCCUGAUGUUGUUUUAUCCUCAUCUUUGUCAUCACCACUGGCUAAAAUGUUUGAGAUGCCUGAUCUGCUUGGAGUUGUGUUUUUGUUAAUGAUAAUUAAGUGCCCAUUUGCAUUUAGUUGUUGUCAUUAUCAAAUUCAUCCCCAGUCAGAUCUGGGUCUUUGGAAAGAUAUUUAUUGCAGGGGAAAGUAUCUUCUUUUUGAGCUGUUGGUCUGAUUCCCUUCACUGUGGGUUAAAUGGAAGCUAAAACGGUCAAAUUUGGUUCAAUUAUGUGAAAUAUUCCAUCAAUGCGUUAUAAUUUGGACGUUGUUUGAUGGAUGUAUAUGAAUCAGAGAAGCACACAGUUGUGGUUACCCCAAGAACUCUCUUGGUUUCACCUGAAGGGAACAGCAAUGCAGCAGCCUUCACUCGUCGCCCUCGAACGAGGGAACUUAGUUCUAGAUAUAAAUCGCCAACACCAAUGCCAACACCUUCUGUUUCCAAGCGUUGUUCGUCACCGAAGCUAUCAAGAGCACUGCCUGCAACUCCCCUGGCGGUGCCAAAAAGAGCCCAAUCAGCCGAGAGAAGGCGGCCUUCCACUCCAUCUUCACCCUUGAGCCCCUCUACACCAGUUCAUGAUUCUUUUGUCGAUGUUCAGUUACAAUCUAGAAGGCCUAGUAGUGGCAGCCGGUUACCUGAGAGUUUAUGGCCUUCUACAAUGAGAAGUCUUAGUGUUUCCUUCCAGUCAGAUAUUAUUUCCAUUCCUAUCAGCAAGAAGGAAAAACCAGUGGCUAAUAUCUCCUCUGAUCGUACAUUGCGGCCAUCUUCAAAUGUGGCCCAUAAGCAGCCUGAAACACCUACUCAAUCGCGAAAACCUACGUCAGCGAGAAGGAAGAGUCCUCUCAGAGGGAAGAAUGUACAGGAUCAAUCAGAGAAUGCUAAACCUGUAGAUGGUUUACAUGCUAAAUUGAUUGAUCAGCACAGGUGGCCUAGUAGGUUAGGCGGGAAGGUACCUUCCAAUUCAUCAAAUAAAAGUGUGGAUCUCACCGAUAAGACAGUGAGAGCUUUGCCCCCACCAAUUGGAAUUGGUUUACCUUCACUCAGGAGAUUGUCUCUGCCUGAUAGUAACUUUAAACCUUUACAAAAAUCAGGUAGUGACGCUGCAAAAUUAUCAGGUCUGGAAGAUAUGCGCAGGAUAGGGUUUGAGGCAAAUUCUUCAGAUGAUAAUUUGCUGCGGCUAUCUGGAACUCCAAAGGUUGUUACACCAAGUUUAUCAGAUAGAAUGUCUAUAAUAACUCCUACAGUUAGAUCACAGUCCCUGUCGACCCCUAAAUCACGCCCUUCAUCUCCAAGUAAGAACUCUGUAAAUAGAGGUUUCAGUCCAACUCGUGCAAGGCCAUCCACUCCUCCUGCUAGAGGGGUCAGCCCAUCUCGGGCAUGGCCAGCAAGUGUCUCUUGCCAACCCAAUAGUUCUAGUUCUGUGCUUAGCUUUAUAGUCGAUUUUAAGAAAGGGAAAAAGAGUGCAAGUUAUAUUGAAGAUGCUCAUCAGAUACGGCUAUUAUACAACAGAUUCUUGCAAUGGCGGUUUGCUAAUGCCAGAGCUGAGGCUGUUCUUUACAUUCAGAAAAUAACUGCAGAGAAAACUCUGUAUGAUGUUUGGAACAGUAUGUUAGCACUGUGGGAUUCAGUAAUAAAGAAGAGGAUCAAUCUUGAACAACUGAAGCAAGAACUUAAGUUGAUCGCUAUUUUGAAUGGUCAAAUGGCCUACCUAGAUGAUUGGACUUUACUUGAAAGAGAUCAUGUAAACUCUUUAUCUGGGGCUUUGGAAGAUUUGGAGGCAACCACUCUUCGUGUUCCAGUGACUAGAGGGGCAAAGGCAGAUAUAGGCUCUUUGAAGAUUGCUAUUUCCUCAGCUGUUGAUGUGCUGCAGGCAAUGGGAUCCUCCAUAUGUUCUUUACUCUCAAGGGUGGAGGGGAUGAAUGGAUUGGUUUCUGAGCUUGCUUUUAUAGCAGCAGAAGAGAAAGCUAUGCUUGAUGAACUGGAAACUCUAUUGGCUUCCACAACCGCUCUGCAGGUAGAGGAGUAUAGCAUUAGAACCCAUCUCUUACAGAUGAAGCAUGCUGUUAAUAAUCGACUGUUUAUGGUGAAAAGAGUUCCUCCAUGGCCUGCUCAUCUUCUAAGCUAACCUUUUACCAAAUAUUACUUCAGCAGAGAGACAAAUCAGAGUAUUCUACUGUCUCAGUAAAUGUAAAUUGAUUUUCUUUUUACUUUUUGUCUUUGGUCAGAAGUUUCAUCUGGGUUAAUUCUUUUCUUUUUUGUCAACAGUGAGCUUUUGGCUCCAUCAUUUUCUACUUGUAAUUUUUUGUAUCAGGCAAAUGAAAAAGAAAAGUAAAGAAGGAAGCAAAGGGUUGGCAAUUCAA